CGUCAUCCUCUCUUUCAUAACUAUCGAUAUAGCCGAUAACUAGGAUAUUUUUUUCGAGGGUUUUUUUUUCGAACUCUCGCUCUGCUCGUGCCAAGGAUUAGACGAAUUUGGCUUUUGAUUAUCUUUGUCACGGAUUCGGCGCCUGCAGUCUACUUUGUAGGGGAAAGAAUCAAAGGUUUUGGACCCAUAUUUGAGGGUUUUUGUUAAUUUAUCUGUUUUUCUUCAAAAUUUGUGUUGUAUGUCGGAGACGGGGUUCUGGACAAUGUGCAAUGGGGAAGGAGAGAAUGAAAUCGGGAAUUUAUCCGGGCGGAUGUCGAAUUAUGGCGUGCGAGAUUACAAUUCAAAUGGUCAUCUUCUAAGACAAGGAUCGGAUGAGUAUAUGUCAUUCCCGACACCUAUAGUGGACCCAAGACUCUCAUGUCCUCUUCGUAUGAAAAAUAAUAAGCAGAAAGGUUUAGAAAAACACUCAAAGCAGAUACUUAACAAUGGCUCAAGCCAAGAUCUUAAAGUUUGCUUUACAGAAUUUUCAACAGAUUUACCAUUUAUAGAUUCGAAUUCAAAUUAUUCAUAUCAGCCUCUUCCAGCUGUACAUUGUAAUGGGGUCAGUAAUGUAGAGGGUAAUGUGGCCAGUAAUAUGGGUGGAAAUAUGCCUGCAUCAACUCCUUUUUGUGAUAGAAGAGACAGGCAACUUGAACACUUUGAAGGUUUUUCUCUGCUGGAAAGUGCAAAUUCAUGGCCAGAAUCUAGAUAUACGGACGCUUUGGAUGGCUAUCUUAACAAUGAUUUUUUACAAUUUCCAAGAUCAAAAGUCUCCUCUGAUAUGAUCCACAAAAGUCAUUUCACACCUCACUUACAAAUCGAGGCCAUUGAUCAAGCUCUAGAGAAAGGAGAAGCAUUUCAGGCUGUUUUUCGUGUUAAUAUGCACAAUCGCCUUGAGGGCUACUGCACUUUAGAAGGAGUGUCAACUGAUGUUCUUAUUAGUGGACUAGGUGCACAAAAUAGAGCUGUGGAAGGUGAUAUUGUGGCCAUUGUAACGGAUCCAGUGUCUUCCUGGCCAAAACUGAAAGGUGCUCAAAGCAAACAGCAAAUAAGGAACUCAGAUACCAAGGAUGAUAAUAUAAUCACAGCAGAAAAUGAAGGUCCUUCAAAAGCUCAAUGCAUGGUGGAACAAAUGUAUAAUAAUAAUUGCAACGGUCAGGCUUCCAAUAUGAAUUUAAUGGGAGAUUGUUUAAAUAGUUUGGAUCUUGAGGAUAAUGGGUUGUCUGUUGAUAAAGCAAUAAACAUUUUUUUUUGUAAUGAUAAUUCGUGUCACAUUGGUGAGCAGUGUUUGACAAAUUGUGAUUCAUCUGAAAUUGGAUCUGGGGAUGAACAUCGUCAUGAGAUGGCAAAGGCUAAGGCAAAUGUUGCUAUGAUUGUGAAUUCACUUCCUGGUAGGCGACCUACAGGCAGAGUGAUAGGUAUAAUAGAAAAAUCACCCCGUCGUGAUGCAGUGAUUGGUUUUCUUGAAGUUAAACAGUGGAUUGCAUAUAAGGACGGACAGAAGUGGAGCUGUUCCAGGAAUGGGCAAUACUCUCAAAAGAAUGUGAAAGGAUUGCCUUCACAUACCGAAGAAGGAUAUAUCAAGCUGGUACCAACAGAUACACGAUUCCCAAAAAUGACUGUCCAAUUGAGUAGUUUGCCAGAUAAUCUGAAGAAGAGGUUGCAUAAAGGUGACCUUACACUUGAAAGUGAGCUUGUUGCUGCUUCUAUAGAUUUGUGGAGAGCAGAUUGUUUCCUUCCACAAGCAGUUGUUAAACAUAGUUUGGGGCAAAGUGGAGAAAUAGAAGCACAAACUGCGGCAAUAUUAUUUGAACAUGCCAUUCAUAGUGCUAAUUUUCCCCCAGAUUCUCUCUCCUGUCUACCAAAGGUUCCAUGGAAAAUACCUACACAGGAGUUCCAAGUUAGGAGAGACUUGAGAAAUCUCUGUAUAUUUUCAAUUGAUCCCCCCAAUUCAAGGGAUAUUGAUGAUGCAUUGUCAAUUGAAGAUAUGGGCAAUGGUAUAAAAAGAGUUGGAGUUCACAUUGCAGAUGUUUCCUACUUUGUUCACCCAGAUACAAUGUUAGACAGAGAGGCACAAGGCCGUUCUACAAGUGUGUAUCUCAUCCAGUGCUGUUUUCCAAUGUUGCCUCAGUUGCUUCGUGAAGAGCUGUGUUCAUUGAAUCCAGGAGUUGAUAGGCUUGCUUUUUCAGUUAUGUGGGAUAUUGAUUCCUCAGGUGAAGUCCUGGAUCACUGGGUUGGGCGCACAGUAAUUCGGUCAUGCUGCAAGUUAUUAUAUCAACAUGCACAGGAUAUUAUAGAAGGCACAUUUCAAUGCCAUCAAACAACUCGCAAUGUAACAGGCAUCCCGGAGGUGCAUUGUGAAUUUGGCUGGCAGGAUAUUAUUGCAAAUAUGCAAAAUCUGCAUAGAAUUGCAAAGCAGAGGAGGAAAAGCAGGUUCGGAAAAGGAGCUUUGAGAUUAGAUAACUGUAAGCUUGUAUUUGUUUUAGAUGAGGAUGGUAAGCCAUGUGAUAGUAUGUUCAAUGAGCAGAAGGAUUCAAACAUUCUCGUGGAGGAGUUCAUGCUUUUAGCGAACAUGACAGUUGCAAAGAUUAUUUGCAGAGCUUUUCCUGAAUGCUCUUUGCUGCGAAAGCAUCCGGAACCCAACUUACGGAAAUUAAAAGACUUGGAAGCAUUUUGCAAGAAACUUGGUUUUGACCUUGAUGUCUCCUCUGCAGGAGCACUGCAUCUAUCCUUAGAAAAAUUGAGGAACAAUUUGAAAGAUGACCCUGAAUUGUUCAACAUUAUUGUUCUUUAUGCUACAAAGCCAAUGCAGCUGGCCACAUACUUCUGUACAGGAGAAUUAAGGGAAAAGGAGACAGAAUGGGCACAUUAUGCAUUAGCUACCCCACUGUACACACAUUUUACUUCACCAAUUCGGAGAUAUGCUGACAUUGUUGUGCAUCGUAUUUUGGCAGCGACUCUUGAAGCUGAAUAUCUGUAUCAGAAACAGUUCAAGGACACAUUAAACCUGGUGAAAAAAAACAAUAUGACACUUUUGGACAGAAGAGCUCAAGCUAGGUGCUUUACGGGCCCUGUUUUUGAUAAGGAAGCAAUGGAAUCUCCAUCUGGCAGGAAAGCACUGAUGACUGCUUCUCUGAAGCAUAAAGUCCCUAGAGCUGCUGAACUUGCAUUAGUUGCGGCACAUUGCAAUGAGAGAAAAUUAGCUAGCAAAAAUGUUCAAGAAGCCAGUGUUAGGCUUUAUCUCUGGGCACUCCUAAAGAAGCAGAAAUUAAUUUCAGAUGCAAGAGUGUUAGCCCUGGGACCAAAGUUCAUAUCUGUUUAUAUUUACAAGUUAGCUGCCGAGCAUCGCAUAUACUUCGAUGAAACUGAAGGACUCAAUGCUGAAUGGCUUGAAUCUACAAGGACAUUAGUGCUGGAUAUGUCCCUACAGAAAUCCUCUGACAAGAUGAACAAUAAAGGGAAGAACAGAACGUUUGAAGAUAUUGCCUUGGUUGUAAAUCCUGCAAGUCCAGUUAACUCCAGCCAGGAGCACGAGAUUUACGAGGAUGUCCUCCUUGAGAUUGAAAAAGGCUCGAAGGGAGACCUUUUGAGUGUUGCUAAAGUAGAUUUUGACAAAAUAAAUCCUUCCAAGUACAAGAAUACUGAACCUGCUGUUUUACCGUUGACCUUGAGGCUUCUAUCCACUAUUCCUGUGUCAAUUCAUGCCAUUGGAGGAGAUAAUAGUCCCCCAGAUAUUUCUGUACGUUUUUUCCUGAGUUCAUACAUCAGUUAGUUGCACAAAAGAUGCAGCAUAUUAGGGUUUGACCUUGUUCAGAAUCCAUAUGACUCGUCAAACCAAGCUCUAUCAUAACUAGGAAGUAAGGUCAUAGUAUAAACUUUAGGUCUUAAAUUCAAAAUAUCAAUAACAGGCCCCUAAUUUCUUGGACUAGUGAUACAAAGCUUGUUGUUUGGCUUUAUUGACCUUGAAUAACCUUUAGGAUGCUUGAAAGAAAGCACAUCGUCUGUACUUUAUUGGUUCAAAUAAUUAGGCAAAAAAAUCAGGACUUCCGUAUCUGCAGGUUGCCAAUUCAGUCAACAAAGAUUAAUCUAGGAUACCUACAGUAUGAAAUAUUCUGUAGGGUUUCUGACAUGGAACAGCCUUUUUUUAGUGUGCUGCUUCCACAUAAUUGUAUCUUGCUCAUUUGCAGCAGUGUUGGGAUCUUUGCCCUAAUUUUUUGUGGGCUCUCCAACAGAAAGGGUUCGGCAGAAUUCAUUUUUUGUUUAUUAGGUAAUUGAGAAGCUGGCAGCCGUAUCUGCUUAUUGCAUUCACUUUAGCAUUGUAAAUUAUGGAUAUUCAUUCACCAUUGGUUCUCACGGCAGGCAAAGUUGACUAUGAUUUUAUAUUUGAUUUAGCAUGUUUUGUGGUUUUAAAAGAAUUUAUAUCGUUUCUAAUCAUGAAUGGAGUUGCUUCGUGUUUGCUACUAAA